GCACGCGCCGACGCGCGUGCAGUCAUUCUAUGGCAGUGUGGCGGUGCAAUCGUCGGACGAGAUAGGAUAGAAUAGUUCUCUUGCGCGUGUCAAUUUCUGUCUCUCUCUUUCUCUUAUUCACUCCUUCUCUGUUUAUCUUUCCCUCACCCUGCAUCCUACCCCUUCCUUUCUAUUGUUGCCAGCUAAACGUGGAAUAGUGCUGUAGUGCAUUUUCACUGCGUCUCGGCUGCCCGCAGUAAAGGACACACUAAAAGAUCGGUGACAGUUAAGUGGACUGGUGGUUGCCCGCGGGAACGGGUAUUGCCCGAUUGUGCCCAAUUGUGCUCGAUUGCCGUACCUUGUGACGCGUGAGGAGUGCGCGAUCGUUCCGUUGCGAGCCGUUCAACCGCGCGGACAGUGAUAUCUUCGAUCUGGUCCCUCGCCCCUCCUCGUCCCCAGUCAAAAUGAAUUGCACCACGUUCACUGCCGUAACGUUACUUCUUGGUAUAUGUAUUAUUGGAUGUACGCAUUCACAAGAAAAUUUACCUUCCGCCGACGAUGUGCUGCAACAGGUCAGCAACGUGGUAGGCGACAUUCCGGAAUUAAAGAAUGUCAACACAUCGGCAUUGCCCAUCGAGGAAGCGAAAAAUCUUUUUAGAGAGAAGUGUACAAAGAAUGGCGGCCCAAAUGCAUUCGACAAUGCUCAACGCGCUCAAGUUGAUAUGACGCAGUGCAUUCAGUCGCUCGUUAACAUUACGGAACUCCAGGCGGAGAUGGAAAAAUACAAGCCAACUGGCGAUUUGGAUAUCGUCUUCAAAAACUAUUGCAACAAGCGCUCCAAUCUACGAGCUUGCGUGAGCAAUUUCACGCAAACGAUGGAGCACUGUUUGGACGCAAAGGAGAGGGAAAAUAAGAAAAUAGUGCUGAACAUAACCGACUCGCUGCUCGAUUUUAUUUGCUACAAGGAAGGAGAUCGAAUCGCCCUUUUUAUAUCGGCUGGAGGACCAGAGUGUUUUCAAGAGAAACAACAAGCGCUUCAAGAUUGUGCCAAUCGUACAUUUAGCGGUUACAUUCCAAAAACUGAUCCCAGUACUAACGGUUUAGUAGGAUUGGAGAGUCUACCAUCUCUGAACUUUGGUUCCAAAGAAUGCAGGGACAUGACCAGACUCCAAACUUGCGUUGUCGCGGAAUUGGAAAAGUGCUCGGAUCCCACGCCUGCGAAUAUAAUGGAUUCUAUAUUCAAUUUCAUCAAAAGAGUGACACCAUGCGAGAAUUUACUUAACGCAGAAAGCGCUGCUGCUACUGGUACACAGUCUCCAUCCAGUGGAUCGCACAUAGGUGCUCUUUCAACCGUAGCGAUUCUAACUACUGUUUUGUCUCUCGUAGUAAGCUAUAAUAAUUUUAUUCCUGUAACAAUAUAAACACAUUGUAAAGCUUUAAGGUAUAUGUGAGGAUACUAUGAAUAGAUAUAUAAAAAGUUUAUAUGUUGAGUAAAAACUUAAUAUAAUGAGGACUUAUAACUAUAACUAAAGAGUGUUAUGCCUUUAAUUUUCGUUUUUUCCGACUGUACAAGUACUUUCUAUUCUUCAACAAAACGACAUUUAUUAUAAUUUAACUUUUUUUCGCAUAGACAUACUUUCUCUUAUUUUGAAAGUAGUAUAGAAAUUAUUAUGUACAAUCAAAUUAUUAUAAAUGCUAGUUUUAUUUUAUUUUAUUGAUUAAUAAAAAUAGAAGAUCCAAGAAUGUUUAAAGAAUUUAGAUAUUGCGGUCUAUUUAUCAAAAACAGAUACAGUACAGUCUUUUCUUUUAAUGGCUACUUAAAUUAAUAUUAUAUGAAAAAUAUAUAAAUAUAUUGCUAUAUAUUUUAUACGACCACGUUUGUUAAAUGUAAGAAUACUUUUAUUUAUAUGAUUAUAUUUAUAUAUCUCCAAUUGCACCUUUUAUUACUUGCUACAUUAUAUGCGAGUAAAACGUGUAAUAAACGAGAUAAUAUUAAUUUUUAUAAAAGAAUAAAAAAUAUUACAUUUUAAUAUCUGAUAAAUCAUAUUACUUAUAGUAUCAUGUUUUUGUAAACACAUAUUUAGUAGUAUGUCCUUUUGUACAUUUUGUACAUGUUCCAAAAAUUUCUAGAUAAGUUUGUAGAUAACCUCGUUUCGAUAAAUUCAGAUUUUAAUUGUGAUUAUCAAGAAAUUUUUAGAAAAUAACUUCUUGGAAGAAAAAAAUUCAGUUGUACAUUUUACAAACACUAAUAAAUUGUGAUGUUAGUUCAAAGAAAGCUUUUACUAUCUUGUAUGGUCAAGGACUGAAGCAGUAUUGUUUGCAGUAAAGCAGUUUAGAAUUAACAAAUUCACAUGACAUUUUUAUUGAUAAGAUACAAACACGUAGAUAUUAUGACAAUUCAAUUAAUAGAAAAAUAUGAAUGCGAUAUAAGUUACGGCAAAUGUAUCUUAAUGCAUAGUUUAAGAACCAAAGUGUGUUUGUAAUAAUUUUGUUAAGACAGUGUAUUUAAUAAACUCAAUACCUUCUUUACAACCAA